CCCAUUCAAGUCGGCCAUUUUGGAUUUUUCUAACUUCUUCACCUGCAAAAUCUGGAGCCUGCCUUGAGUGGUAGAGAUAAAUUAAAAAUAGCACCAUGUCUAUUCAUGAUGAAAUGACAGCCACAAGUGACAGCUUUUGGGAAAUAGGAAAAUAUAGUCGGACUGUGAAACGAUGUGACAAUGGAUACAAACUCUGUGAUAAUUUACGUCAGCUUAUAGAACAAAGAGCAGAAAUAGAGAAAGGAUAUUCAAAAAAUUUACAAGGUUGGACUAAAAAAUGGAAUGAUUUUCUUGAUAAAGGUCCAGAAUAUGGAACAACACAAGCAAUGUGGAGAGGACUGUUAGAGGAGGCCAAUAGUACAGCUGAAUUACAUACAAUUGUAGCCGAGAACCUGCUGCAGAAAGUUUAUCAGGGUAUUAAAUCAUGGCAAAAAGAAAAUUACCACAAAUCUAUGAUGCAUUAUAAAGAGACGAAAGAAUUUGAUGACGGCUUCAAAAAGGCCCAGAAGCCAUGGGAAAAGAAAUACACAAAAGUAAUGUCAAAUAGAAAAGAUUACCACAAUGCCUGUAAAGCAGAGAAAAGUACAGCUAACCAAGUCAAUAAUAUGAGAAGUGAUGACUCAGUAGCUUUAGAUACUAAAAAGAAAAUGGAGGAAAGAUUACAGAAGUGUCAGCAGGAAGUCGCAGGAUUAAAAGACAAGUAUGAGGCAUCGCUGAAUGACAUAAACAACUAUAAUGCCAAGUAUAUAGAAGAUAUGACAGAGAUUUUCCAAAAAUGUCAAGAAUUUGAGAAGAAGAGAAUAGAGUUUUUUAAAACAACAUUUUAUGAUCUUCAUCAGUGUUUAGACCUUUCUGUUGACCCAAGGUUUCCACAAAUUUAUACAGAUCUCCACAAUGUUAUAGGUAAAACUGAUUCAGAUCAAGAUUUAAGAUGGUGGUCACACAAUAAUGGUUCAGAUAUGGCAAUGAACUGGCCACAGUUUGAGGAAUAUUCACCAGAUCUGCAAUCCAUUUCAAAGAAAGAAAGGAAGUCCCAAUUACAUACUAAUGAUGGUAUAACGAUAACAAGCAUUAGACACAAGGGAGACUUUGCACCAGCUUCACCACAUGCUGGAGGUUAUGACCGUCAGAGUUCUACCAAAACAAAUGAUAGUGAUAAUGCCAGGAAAAAUUCCAUAGGUAUUAUCUUACCUAGAAAUCCCUCUGUGGGACCUCUAAAACCACAGCGAAGUCCAUCACUCAGUAAACAGUCAGAAAAUAGAACAAUACCAGAGGGUGCACCAAGUCCAUUGGUUGAUAAAAAUGAAACCAGACCAAUACCAGAAGGACAGAACCGGUCUCCUCCAACACCUGCUAAGAGGACACUUAUAAGGAACCAGUCCAGCAGCAGUAUACAACAGAAAGUGGAAUAUGAUGAAACAUUAAAUCCAUUUGGUGAUGAUGAUGAAGAUGAAAAUGACAAAGUGGAUGAUGAAAAAAACAACCAGAGAUCAUCUUACCCACAGACAAGCUAUGAACCAGAACCGGAACUAGAUCAACCAACUGAACCAACAUACAAUGGUCGGACAUACCAGGAGGAAGAUUCAAAUCCUUUUGGUAAUGAGGACACAUGUUCGGAAGAAUCACCGAAAGAAUCCCCUCGGCUAGCUGACCCUGUCCUUGUUAGAGCUGUGUUUGAUUAUGAAGCUGUUGAGCAAGAUGAGUUCAGUUUCAAAUGUGGUGAAGAAUUUUACAAAUUGAGCGAAGAAGAUGAGUUAGGAUGGUGUAAAGGACGGAAGGAUGGUGAAGAAAAACUUUAUCCUGCUAAUUAUGUCAAACCUGUCAGUGAACUAUGAUCAAAGGGAAAUAACUUGUGUGUUAUAUUCUACAAUGAAUAUAUUAGAUAUAUAGAAAUAUGUGUAUUCAGAAACAAGGAUUAUAAUGGUUGGCAACAUGGUUGUGAAAAAAUUGUAUGAAGCCAUCUGUUGUUAAGAGAUUAAAUUAAAAUGAAAUUAAGAUAUAAAUUUUAUUGGUAUUUAGUUUAAAAGAAUUGUGAAUAGCAGAAAAUGUUUGCUAGUCCAUUAUGUUGAUCAUUGUGCUUCCUAUAGAAACAGAUAGAUAUAUUAUUUGUAAAAUUUAUUGUUGUGUAUUAUUAUGUUUUGUAAUUUUGUUAAAAUUUGUUGGGGGGGAAAGUAGCCUAAAAUAUUGAUAUUAUUAUAAAAAAAAAAACAACCUGGAAAUGUUAUUGCCAAUCUCACUAAAGCACUUUAUAAUGUUAUAGUAAAAACCAGGUUAAUAUUCUGUUCUGUUAAGAUCACAAUAUGCAUAUUUUAACUACCUUUGUUUUGCAUGCAAAAUGCUUACCCAUAGUUAAUCAUAGUAAAAAGUGGUAGAUAAGAUUGAUAAACAUAUGAGCUGUGUCGGAUAGAAAUAGACCUUAUGAUGCAAAUGAAUAUCAAUACAUCUGUUAACCUUUUUCGGGUCAAACAAUCUCUAUGGAAAGUCUGUAACUGUUUGAAAAAUGAGCUGUUAAUUAAGAAAGUGCACAAAACAGACCAAAAUAUAUCUUUCAUUUCGUAUUUGAAUGAUCCAAAAUCAAUCAAAGUCUUAUACAUGUACAUGUAUACAUGCACUUGCAUAAGGUCGAUUUCUAUCCAACACAGCUCAUAUGAUGUUCUGAAGUUAGUAAUUAUAUGAUUCAAAGUUAGUUUAAUUUUGUUAUUAGCACUAUUUUAGGUAAAUAAACAUUACAUUGUACUGAGUAUAUUUUAAUGGACCAUCAUUAGUAUUAUAAAGGUAUUGAUUACAGUGAUUUUAAUGAUUACGAGAAAAAUUACUGAAAAGUAGAAAUUUUUUAAAGAGGUUUAAUUUUUUGCUAAUUUCAUGAUAAAUUUGCUAUAUAUGGAAAAGAACAUCAAAAAUAUCGAAUUUUUAACCACACCAUAAGAUUGUGCAUUAGAAAAAUUGCAAAUAUAGCUCUUUACAGUACAUAGUUUUACUAAAAAAUCUGUAUUACAAAAUGUAUUUUUUCUGAAGAUAUAGCUAAGUGCAAUUAAUUUGAUCAAACAUUGUAAAUUUAAGAUAAAGUAUCAUUUAUAUGCAUGUCAUUAAUACUCAUAUAUCACUGUAUUAUAUAUCAUUUAAUUUAAUCAUUCCUUCUAAACACCUUUCAGAUGUAAUCGUUUGAGAAAAGAAAUCAUAUGUAAAUGAAUUAGUCAUUUUGUCUGUUUGUCUAAUUUUUUUUAUGCAAAUAUCUUUUCUUUUGCCAUGCAUGCUUUCUUAUUUUUAUAAUGGGGAAAUUUUAUAAAGGUGUAAUAUUUCUGAUUUUUUAAGCUUUGAUUUAUUUCUGGCUGCAAAGUACUUUUAUGCACAUCAUUUUGAACAUGAUCUAAACUCUGAUUAUAGAUAAGAAACUGAUUUCUAUUUUGCUAUAUUUAUCAAAUUUGUCUUAAAAACAGAAAUCAAAACAAAAUAUUUAGAUUAAUACUAUAACUGGAAUGUUAUUGCUAAUUGUGCUACUUAAAAAACACCCAAUAUCCAUGCUUCAGUUCAAUGCAAAACAAAAUAUAUUUGUAUAUGGACCAGAUGGAAAUAUAUAUUAAUGGUAAUGAUAAAAAUCUUAAAAGCACACAUGUAUUACAUGAUAUUUUUGUUCAAUUUACUGGGUAUUUUGCCAACAGCUCUACCUCUAAGUAGAUCUUGAAUAUAUAUUUUAUUUUGACCCUGCUUAUAUUAUCAAAGGGCAGGCCCCUUAAAUCACUAUACCAUUUAUAUAUCAUGGUCAUUCUAGCAUAUCAUAGUUUUAAAAAUCUCCAUUAAACAAUAGAAAUAAUAAAGUUGAUUAUUAUGUGUUCUUCAUGACAAAAUAGAGAAUGGCUUCUAAUUAUUCAUACAUCUAGAUUUUGUCUGCUGGUGUAUUUUCUUACAAUAUCAGAGGUUUUAAAGGAUUAUUGUCUGCAAGUUAAUUUUGUAGAAAUCCAUCAAGUAUAUUGAGUGAAAGUUGUAACAUUCCAUAUAUAAUGAUAUAGAUAUAAAAAUAAUAUGUUUAUACACAAUUAUCAGUUUCAUUUAUAUAUAGUUUUCUUUUAUUGUAUGUUUCUCCCUUGUAGUGAUGGUCAUCAAAUUUUAGUGUUUAUAUGGUAAAUUGGGAUUUUUUUUCAACACCUCUUAACAAAAUUUUAAGUACAUUCAUUUUCUAUGAUGUUUGUUGAUUUCUUUAAUUUGUUUGUACAAUAAAACCUUUGAGUAAAGGAUAAUACUUUAUUUAAUACUUAUUAGAAAUAAGCUGGAAAAACGUGUUGUGAAAAUUUUCUAUAUUCAAAUUAACCAGGACAUGAGAAAACUUGUAGAACAGGAGAUCGAUCACAAUAGGAAAGCACUUGACUGUAGAUAAAAAUAUAACUAUCAUAAAAUGGCUUUUCUAAAAUUUUAAUCUUGAGUAGAUGAAGAUACAGUUCAACCUAUCUUUCAAACUUCUUUAUACUUCAUUGUAAUUUCCACAAAUUGUCAUUUUAAAACAGCCUUAUUUGCAUUUAAUUCUUAAUUUGGGAAACAUUUUUGAAAAACAAAUGCAAAAAUACAUUAAAUUUCUUUAGAUGUGAAAACCCUUGAAUUGCAUGAUGAUAAUUUGAAUGCAUGUUAUUCUAAGAAGCAGUUCAAACACAAAUGGUUUGUAAAAUCUGAUUACUCAAGAAUUUUUAGUCAAGCCUUUAAUAGGUUAGUGAAUAUAUGCAAAUAUUAGUGUUAUUGUUUGUCAGGGUUUGUUAAUAGUUUAUUGUUUAGAUGUAAACGUUGACAUUUUCCUAACUUUUACUAUCUUACAGUUUAUACUCUAUAUAGACUUUAAAAUAAAAGUACUUUUGAAAGGUUUAUACCUUGCCACCAUUUGUUGUAAACUUGACAAGUGAAAGCUUGUGCCAAAAUAUUCAUGUUAUUGCUUUUUUAUUAGCAAUGUAUUGUAGAAUGUCUUUCUUGCAUAGUUAAUCAAACAUAUUGUAACAUGUAGAUGAAAAAAAUGUCAUUAUAGACAUCUUUCAUGGCCAGUGCUAGUUUUAAUGGGAACAUUACCAAGGUACAAAGGGGAGACAAUUUUUUUUUCUUUUUUUUUUUUUUUGGUUCAAGUCUGAGGUUAUACGUCUCUGAAUAUAUUGUAAAAGGAUAGUUCAAUAACUGAUGUUAUCAGUUGCUGGAAAAUCAUACAAAUUAUUGUGAAAUGUACAUUUACAAUGACUGAUUUUUACAUCCUGCAUGCUACAUUCAAAUAUACUGAACCUCUAGUGCUAGGUAAGCUAUACAUGUUUUGCUACAAGUAGAUUUCUUUUAAAUAGGUGAAAAAUGAACUUGAUUUUUUAACUUAUAUUCAUUGAUUUUAUGUCAUUUCAUUUACAAGCCCAACUUCACAUACAUUUUAGACCUGGAUCUGUACAGUGUACUAUUUCAUCCUCAAAGAAUACACAUGAAAUUCUACGCAGGAUGAAGACCAUGUUUAUGGUAAAUUUGGCUAUAGAAUAAUUGCUAUAGCUUAAAUUUUAAUGAAUAUUCAUUGUUUGUCCUGAAAUACGAGUCAGUUUAGCCAGGUUUCCUAUUUAAAUGAUGUUUGGCUUAGAUGAGAUUUCUCUAUUUUACUAUAUAACAAUUAAAAAUGUUGUUAAAAUAUAGUGGAAAGGUCGGGAUUAGAAAAUAUGUUCCUUGAGAAAAUAACUUGGUAUCCGUUAACCGUAAAUAUAAAUGAAACUAACUUCUAAUUUUGCUUUUCACUCCUACAUGAAUUUUAAUGAAAUAUUGUUUCGUCAUACAAAGUUACUUAUUGUUAGACAUUAGUACAUGUACUUUGGUUUCUAUAAAUUGCUAAAAUUCUUCUACAAAGAUGAAAUUCAAGUGCUAAGUUAUCAAGUGCUGUUUUCUUGGCUGUGUGUUUUGAAGAGUUUUUCAUUAAUUUAACUACAAAAAAUCAUUUUGUACCAGGAGCCAUUUUGAGAGGAUAAAUAAUUCCAACAAUCUUGAAAAUGCUGAGGAAGUGAAUAAUAAAUCGGAGGCCAUUCCAAUAACAAAUAUAUAUUUUACUAGAUGUAAAUUGACAGUAUUGUACUGUUCUCUAAGUUAACAUAUUUGAUUAACAUGUUCCAGUUAAUGCUUAUCUAAUAUGCUCUGUCUAUUGCAAGGAAGCUUGUAAAUGCUUGUGUAUUACAAGGAGCUCGUAUAUGCUCUGUGUAUUGUAGGGAGCUUGUAAAUGCUCUGUGUAUUGUGAGGAGCUUGUAUAUGCUCUGUGCUCUGAAUCAUUAGUAGGUGCUUCUCUGUUGUAGACACCACUUGUUAUGUAUAAACAAAUUAGGCCAUGUUGGCUUGUUUGCACAAUUUUGUAUAUAUAGGCAUAGGUAAUAAUUUAGAUUUUAUUUUUCAGUUAUAAUUAUUGUGUAUUAGGGAUGUCAAAACAAAUAUUAGAUAUGUAAAAUAUUUAAAUGAGAGCUGUUUGGUAAGGUACAAUUAAUGUUUUAGAGAGAUCAAACAACCAAUUAGUGUAAUGGAGAAUGUAUUAAAAUAAAAAGGAUGAAAAGGGGGGGGCUUAAUGAAUAAACUUAAUAGAAAAUGUAAUAAUAUCGAUAUGAACCUCCUUAAUAAUUUAGAAUUUUAUUAUAAGAGGUAGAAAUAAUACAGAUAGGCCAUCUUAGAAAAAUUGGUAUAUAUGUAAAUGGUAAUUACUGAAGAAAAAACCCACUGAAACUGUAAAACAUUAGGGAAUGAAGGUUCUUUUAAGAACAGAUCGCAGAAUUAUUAAAGAAUGGUAAGACAAAUUUACAGAAUUAUUUUGAAAUUAUAUUUUUUACUUUGAACAUACUAUUAUGAAAAAGAGUUAUCCUUUGAGCAUUAAAAGAGAGAAUUAUAUGUUAUUAUUGUAGAAAGAUUGCUAGAGCCUUUUUACAAAUUAAUGAUUAUAACUGAAAAUAGAUAUUGUUUUUGUUAUGGAAAUGUACUAUAGAAAUGUAGACAUUAUUUUGUUAAUAAUCUUUAUAUAUAUAUUGUUAUUUGUUAUAUAAAUAAGAACUAAUUUUGAACAUGUAUAAUUUCAUGUAUUGUCUGACCACUCUAUUUAUUUCAUACAAAAUUAUAAUUGCAAUAAACAUAUUAAACGUGAA